AAAGCAACAUUAAGAUAAAACCGUACCGUUGGAUAUCCCAAUAGCGAAGAAAAAGAAGGGAAUUUGAUACCAUACGUGUUGCACUUUCAGCUUGGCAGAUUCAACAACAACAGCCACAAUCCCCGAAGCAAAUGAAGAACACCCAAGAAUAUCUUUUACUUUCUCGCCGAUAACCAAUCCAAUCCAAUCCAACCGACCCCUUUUUACAGUUUUUCUGCUACCUUCCUCCUCGUGUCUUCUUCUCAUAUCUUCCACGUCUCUUUCCAUGGCCGCUUUUCAAUUUCCCCCUCCCUACCGACUUCACUAUCAAAAUCAACCCUUUGUUUAUUCCUUUAAAAUCCCAUUUUCCUAACCACCCAUUUCUCCAAAUUUUAGUUUUCUUUAGCUAUGAGGUUGUAUGUUUAUGUAUUGGAGGCUAAGGAUCUCCAUGUGAAGGAUUCGUUUGUGAAGCUUCGAGUUGGGAGGCGUAAGGCCAAGACGAGAAUUAUGAGGAAUUGCUCUAAUCCUGUUUGGAAUGAGGAGUUUAUUUUCAAGUUUCGUGAUGUUAAUGAUGAACUAGUUGUGUCUGUUUAUGAACACAGUGAUGAAUCUAAUUUCUUUCAUGCUUCAUCGGGUUUGAUUGGUCGUGUUCGGAUACCUAUACGGACUGUUACUGCUGAGGAUUCACAGACCUUGCCUCCCACUUGGUUUGAUCUGCGAAGGUCCAAAACUGAGAAAUUUAUCGAUGAAGUUGCUGGGAAAGUGCUUCUUAUUGUCUCAUUACAUGGAAAAGGCAACGUAAUCAAUCAAUCAAGUGUUACUAAUACUAAUCCUAAACCUUUAGAAGACUCGUCUGCAAGUCCACAGGAUUUGAUUGGCGCCAAAUCUUCAUCCAACAAGGCUGUUAAAUGGAAGCCUAACAAGAAAAGUAUUGUGAGUCGUUUGGAGAGGUUGUUUCAUAAGAGUGAUGAGGACACAAGAACAGAUAAUUCUUCAGAGUUAUCAAGUGCCACGUCAGAUACUGAAGAGCGCAUUAAUGGGCAUCUGUCUGAAUCUAGCUUUGAUGAAGCUAUUGAGACGUUGCAGCUGAGGAGCAAUGGAGAAGAAAUGCCAGAAAAUUUAUCUGGCGGGGUUCUUGUGGAUCAGGUGUAUGUAGUUUCACCAGGUGAUUUGAACAAGCUUCUCUUUUCGACAGGUUCACAGUUCAGGAGAGAACUAGCAGAGCAUCAGGGAAUAACAAAUUUAGAAGAAGGAACUUGGUCUUGGAAACGAGGGGAUGUACCUUGUCUUUCACGGAUUGUAUCUUACAGAAAACCUGCAACUAAGGUUGUUGGAGCUAUUAAUGCUACGGAGGAACAAACCUACAUUAAAGGGGAUGGAUGGGAAUUUGCUGUUUUGGUAAAUGUAAAUACACCUGAGGUACCAUUUGGUAAUGCAUUCAAUGUUGAGUUACUCUACAAGAUAAUGCCUGGCCCUGAGUUAAUUUCUGGAGAAGAGACUUCCCAUUUUGUAGUUUCUUGGGGUAUAAACUUCCUCCAUAGUACAAUGAUGAAAGGCAUGAUUGAGAAAGGGGCUCGUCAGGGGCUAGAGGAAAAUUUUGUCCAAUUCUCUAAUUUGCUGGCUCAACAUCUUAAAAUUCCGAAUUCUACUGAGUUAUUGAACAAGGGUCAUGUGUUGUCAGCUUUUGAGAAUAACCGCCAAUCAAAUUUUGAAUUAGCCCGCCAAUACUUCUGGAAUUUCACUGUAUUUUCUACCUUGUUCGUCCUGCUAUACGUACUUGUGCACAUCAUUCUUUCUAAGCGUAAAACAACGCAAGGCUUGGAGUUCAUUGGAAUGGAUUUGCCAGAUAGUUUAGGAGAACUUGUUACUAGUGGAAUUUUAGUCCUUCAGUUGGAACGUGUUUAUUACAUGAUCUCACAUUUCAUUCAAGCUAGGUUAAAAAGAGGAGGUGACCAUGGAGUCAAAGGCCAAGGAGAUGGAUGGAUCCUAACCAUAGUUCUUUUAGAAGGAGUGAACAUUUCAUCCUUGGAUUCUGUUGGAUCCUCAGACCCUUGUGUGGUUUUCACAUGCAAUGGUAAAAAAAGAACUAGCUCUGUUGAGCUUCAAACUCAUGAGCCUCAGUGGAAUGAGAUACUGGAGUUUGAUGCCAUGAAGGAACCACCAUCAGUAUUAUAUGUGGAGGUUUUCGACUUUGAUGGUCCAUUUGACCAGGCUACUUCACUCGGGCAUGCAGAGAUUAAUUUCCUAAAAUAUAAAUCAAGUGAACUUGCAGAUAUAUGGGUUCCCCUUGAGGGGAAGCUUGCUCAAUCUUCUCAGUCGAAGCUACACUUGAGAAUCUUCUUAGAAAAUACUGAUGGAAUUGAAACAAUAAGACAAUACUUGUCUAUGAAGGGAAAGGAGGUUGGUAAGAAGCUGCAUCCUAGGUCACCUUAUAGGAACUCAACAUUUCAAAAACUUUUCGGUUUGCCGGCAGAAGAGUUUCUUGUCAGCGACUUCACAUGCUCCUUGAAAAGAAAAAUGCUUCUUCAGGGGAGAUUAUUUGUAUCUGCCAGAGUCAUCGGGUUUUACGCCAAUUUCUUCGGACAGAAAACAAAGUUUUUCUUUCUCUGGGAGGACAUUGAAGAUAUAGAAGUACUGCACCCCUCCCUUUCCUCUCUAGGUAGCCCAUCAUUAGUCAUAAUACUUAAAAAAGGUCGAGGUCUUGAAGCAAGUCACGGUGCAAAGUCUCAAGAUGAAGAGGGUAGACUCAGAUUUUACCUCCAAUCAUUUGUCUCAUUCAAUGUAGCCAGCAGGACGAUUAUAGGUAUGUGGAGAACAAGGACAUCGACCCUUGAUCAGAAAGCACAGGUUGCUGAAAUGUCAAAUGAUUCCGAAGAAAGGUCAGUUUUGGUGGAGGAUAUGGAAUGUUUUUUGGAUGUAGAAGAUACAAAGAUGUCAAAGUUGUAUGUUGCAGAACUUCCUAUAAAUAUAAAAUCGUUGAUGGAGUUCUUUGAGGGUGGCAAACUAGAACACAGGGUGAUGGAAAAAUCUGGUUGUCUAGACUAUGCAACGACACCAUGGAAAUCCGUGAAACCCGGUCUCCUCGAAAGACGCAUUUCUUACCAAUUCAAUCACAAUAUUUCGAUCUUUGAAGGCAAAGUCACAUGCAUUCAGCAAAAAUUUCCCAUGGCAGCAGCAAACACAGGCAAUGAUGAAGAAGAAUGGGUAGUAAACGAGGUCAUGAGCUUGCAUGAUGUCCCAUUUGGCGAAUGUUUUCGUUUAGUGUUGUGGUUUGCAGAUACAUUUUAGGUACCGUUUUGAGGAUUGUGAGCUAGCUAAAAAUGCUUGCAAAUGUGAGGCUUUCUAUGGAAUCACAUGGCUUAAAAGCACGGAGCUUCAGCAGAAGAUCACCCAGAACGUAGCCGAUGAAUUUGGACAUCGACUAAAAGUGCUAUUUGAACUGAUGGAGAGGGAGAUUCUUCUUGCAACCUAACAAAAUUCUACUUCAACUCCGCUUCUGUUUCAUUGUCUAAUCUAAGUUUUAGUUUGGAAUGAUUGUAAUUCUGACAAUUUAAAGAAAAAUUAACAUUAAAAAAAAAAGGGAAAUACCAAUUCAGUUUAUA